AUGAACAGAACCACUAAUAUAUUUGAGAAUUCUUCAGAGUCCGAAGAGGAAGUGACUGUGAGGAAUCGACCAGUAAAGUUAUUUAAACCUCCUGAAGAUGUACCAUCAAUAGAGUAUGAGGAUGAUAAUAGUGAACAAUACAUUAAUGAUGAUUAUAUGGAAUUCCACACAUCUACAACUACUAAUUCUGUAUCUGUAGAACUGUCUAUAAUAAAUAAUAAUAAUAAUAAUAAUAAAUCAAUUGGUUUAUCUAUUAUGGAGAAAAUGGGUUAUCGACCAGGUAUGUCUCUAGGUAAGGAUUCAUCUCUUGGAGUUAAUCUAGAACCAAUAAGAGUUAUAGUUAAGAGUGAUACUCAAGGAUUAGGAGCUCCCAAUAAAGUAAUAUUACAUGAUAUAGAUUAUACAAAAUAUACAAAGCAUCGAACACAACUUCAAAGUCAACAAUUGACUAAAAGAAAGUUGAUUAGUAUUAUGAAAUUAUGUUUUGAAUUAAGUGGAGAUGCUGAACAAUAUCGUAAUGAUAAUAAUCUUGAAUUAGUAAAUCCACUAUGGCAAGAUUAUGUACUGGGUCAUAUACAAGAUUAUGAACAAAAUCGAUUAGAUCUGUUAAUUCAUUAUUUGAGACAUACUCAUAACUAUUGUUGGUAUUGUGGUUGUGAAUAUACCUCUAAAUUGGAACUAGAAAAGCUUUGUCCAGGAGAAUUGGAAAAUGAUCAUAACUAA